AUGGCUGCCGUGCUACUGAUAUUCUCGCUCGGAUGCGUCGAGAGUCCUAGGUACUCAGUCUACUAUGGUCGUGUGGAGCUGGCUAGACAAAGCUUAGCCAGACUGUGGGGACUAUCCAACGAUGAUUGCAGAGUUAUUAAAGAGGUUGAGUUUCUUCAACAUGACACAACUUCUAGGCUGGCCGCAAACAAAUCAUCAUCGUCCAUUGUGGAGCCAUGGAAGAUGCUCUUUGGGCGGAAGUCAAAUAUUAAUCGACUUCUUUUUUUGAUUUCCGCACAACUUCUCAGCCAAUGGUCAGGAACCAAUGCGAUAACAACCUACGCGCCCAAGUUCUUCGCCUUGCUUAACAUAGCUGGUCACUCUGAAAAGCUGUUGAAAACGGCCAUAUUUGGAGUCGUCAAAUUAGUUGCUGCAACAAUCAGUGCAUUGUUUUUCAUCGACCGCAUUGGAAGAAAGCGAACCCUUUUAUCAGGCAUCACGCUGCAAUUUCUGGCUUUGCUGUAUGUUGCUAUUUUCAUCACUGCUUGGGAUGCGCAAGGUGAGCCCCAGUCGGGGAAUGCAGACAGAGCAGCUAUUGCGGCCGUUGUUGCGGUUUAUAUGACAGGUAUUGGCUAUGCCUUCGGUUGGAACUCCAUUCAGUAUCUGAUAAAUGCCGAAAUGCUUCCCUCGUCUGUUCGGACUUUGGGUACAAGCUUUUUAAUGUGCAUUCAUUAUGCUAAUCGAUUUGCGCUAGUGAAGACUCUCCCAAGUAUGAUGCUAGAUGACGCUUUGCAGCCCAAGGGGACAUUUUGGUUUUUCUUCGCCGUUGCCUUGAUAGGUCUGGUUUGGGGUCUUCUCUGGCUGCCGGAGACUUCAAAAAGGAGUUUAGAAGAAACAAACAAGCUGAUUUCUUGA